AUGUCCUUAAAUGAGCAGGAGCCAGAUACCAUCCAAAAUUUCCAACUUGGCAGAGGCUUUAUCCUCAACACUGAUGUGACUCAGGAGACUAUGGAAGUGGAUUUAGGCCUGGGACCAGCUUCCAGCGCCGUAGAAAACUUUCACCUUAGAAGAUCCACUAGCAUCCCUUUGGUCAAUGGAUUUGGUGAUAAUUCACAGGGACUCCUUCUUAACCCCACAAGAAUGAGAAGGAACAGCUCACCAUUUGCGAAUCAGCAUAGUUUGUUGUUUCUACCUUCCCGCAGUCGUACAUCGGCCAACCGGAUUUUCCAAAUCAAACAGGAAGAAGGGAUGGACAUAGCCAUCAGAGAAGCAAUGCAUGAACGGGACAUGCACACUGCAAUGCAGAUAAGUCAGAGUUGGGAAGAGUGUCUAAAUCUGAAUGAUGACAACAACACCAUGAAGUCAUCCACUAAAAGGAACACCAAUCUAAAUCCAGUUUCCCAGGCGGCUUCUCUCGCCAAGAAAUUUGGGAAGACAGGAUUUGAACUUGUGGUGAUCCUCCAGCCUCGGCCUCCCAAGUGCUGA